UUAAACCCGGCGAUUCUACCCCGCAUAUAAAUAGCUUAGAUUCCAUACAGAAUGCAGAGUAUCGGCCUCAAAGUUUAAAGUCACGAAACCUGCAAGCGACUCCAUCGUCUCAAGCUGGACGAAGACCAUCAUCACUGUUGUCGCUCGAACCUGCAGUGAUUUGGCGGCGCAAAUUCAUCAAUCUGUUAUAGUUCUAUUGAAUAUCGAUCUCCAACGAGUUAUAAUGGAGAUUAAUUUGGGAAAACUUCCAUUUGAUCUUGAUUUUCAUCCUUUGAGUCCACUUGUCAGCGCAGGUCUGAUCAGUGGUGACCUACACCUGUAUCGUUAUGCUACAGAUUCGCAGCCGCAAAGGUUGUUGGAAAUUCAUGCACACUCUGAAUCAUGUAGAGCUGUUCGAUUCAUCGAUGGAGGCCGUGUGAUUCUGACUGGAUCUCCAGAUUGCUCAAUUCUGGCCACAGAUGUGGAAACCGGUUCUACCAUUGCUCGUCUAAAAGAGGCCCAUGGUGCUGCUGUAAAUCGCUUGGAAAAUCUGACGGAGACUACUAUUGCAUCAGGAGAUGAUGAGGGUUGUAUUAAGGUUUGGGAUACUCGACAACGUUCCUGUUGUAACUCCUUCAAUGCCCAUGAAGAAUACAUUUCUGACAUGACCUUUGCCUCUGAUUCAAUGAAACUUUUGGGAACAAGUGGGGAUGGGACUCUAUCUGUAUGCAAUCUUAGAAGAAAUAAGGUGCAAACUCGAUCUGAGUUCUCUGAAGAUGAGCUGCUGUCAGUAGUUCUUAUGAAGAAUGGUCGCAAAGUUAUAUGUGGAACUCAGUCUGGAUCUUUAUUACUCUAUUCUUGGGGACAUUUCAAGGAUUGCAGUGACCGAUUCAUCAAACUUUGUCCAAACUCUGUUGAUGCACUGCUGAAGCUUGAUGAAGAUAGGGUUAUUACAGGGUCAGAGAAUGGACUCAUCAGCUUGGUAGGCAUCUUACCCAACCAAGUAAUUCAACCGGUGGCUGAGCAUUCGGAAUAUCCUGUUGAGCGCCUUGCUUUUUCUUGUGAUAGGAAGUUUCUGGGCAGUAUUUCACAUGAUCAAAUGUUGAAGCUCUGGGAUUUGGAUGAGUUAUUGGAAGGUGGAGCAAAUAAUCUGCAGAGUGAGGCUUUUGUCGCUGACAGUGACAGUGAUGAGAUGGAUGUGGAUAUUAAAACCACUCAAAAAUCCUCCAAAGGGUCGAAGAAGAAAAACGCAAACAAAGGACAUGCUUCUAAUGAUGCAUCCAGUAGUUUCUUUAUGGAUUUGUAGUGAAAUGUCGGGAUUAGUGCUUUCCUAUCAAUUUAUUCUUGCCGCUGUGAAAAGGAAUUCUCAUAUUAGGGAUACCAUAGGUCAUCAAUCGAUAAAAAUUUUGACAGUUAGUGAGUUCCAAUAGCUAUUGAACUCUUGGGAGUCAGUUGAGGGGGAUGAUACAGCCAAGCUCUGCUGGAUGAUGCUCUAAUUUCAGACAUGUAGAACCAUGUAGUCUAUUCACAUGGUAAGUUUCAUCCCUGAGCUUUUGCUUACAUGGACCGUCAAGUUUUUUAGCCUGGAAAGUUUUCCUUUGGGAAGUGACAUUAUUAGUGAGUGAUUGCUUGGCUCCCUCUCCUAUUCUGUUUAUUUCUGCAUUUCACUUUCUCGGUUUUGGUUGGAACGUUGGGAAUGAGGUUUUUUUUUCCUUUUUUUUUCUUUUUUUGCGGCCAUUUCUGUCGAUGUCUUGGAGAGAUGCUUUGUAGUUUUAUUUUUUGUUUGGUAUAUGAGCUUUGCCCUGGGAUUUUAAAUUUUGCA